AGAGCUCAGAGUGGGGCUGAGUGCGCGGCAGAGGAGGAGGAGGAGGCGGCGGCUUAAAGCGGCAGCGCGCCCAGCAAAGCGGCACCGGGAAAGACACCCGCGAAAGCGGCAGCGGCAGCAGAGACCGGGCCGGUUGGCGACGCGGAGCGCUCGAGAGACCCUCCCGUUGCUCCCCAAGGGAAGGGCGAGCGGACAGAGCCUCGCUUGGGCUGCGCGGCUGGGAUCGCCUGGCUGGGAUCUUGCCCGGACGUGUUUGAUCGGCCGCCGCCGCCGCCGCCGCCGCCAGCGGAGCGACAGGUUUCCGGAGCCUGGGUCCCCGGAGGAGAGCCGGUCGCGCGGAGUCCGGGGACGCAACUUCUCGCCGCAGCUUGUGGAUCGGAGCCCAAAGUGGGGAGCGACCGAAGUUGCAGCAACUUUCCCCCCCACUGAAAAAGAAAACUCUUCGUUCGGGGCGAGUCAGUGACUGAGAGCCACUCCGGUGUUGGUGGGCAAGAGAGACUGGAAAAGGAGGAAAAGCGGAGAGGACGCGAAACAAGUGUGUUUGAAAACUCGCGAACACUCCGGCGCAGCAUAGGACCCUCCCACGAGGAGGAGGGAGCCAUCGAGGAGUCGCGGGGGGGAAAGGAGGACUUUUCCAAAGUUGUGGGACUCGCGAACCUUCAUCCCCCCCCCCUCCAAUUCGGAGCGAUAAGAAGCCACGUUUUAACUCCUGGGAUUCCUUGGCCGGGAGUGGGAAUUCCGCACUUCGAUAAAGAACUUCAGUGCUCUCUUUUUGGGCGAGUUGUUUUUCUGGAGCUCCGCACUCUUGAUGACUGCGCUGAACCUUGUUCUUAGCUGAGGAAGCCUCCGCUUGUCAAAUCCAGAUCUCCUUUUCGGAGUUUGGGGGCGGAAAACGGGGACAGGCGAGCCAAUGACUUGUGGCAAAAAAGCCAGACUUUAAUUCAUCACCUCUCUGUGUUCUUCUCCUCUCGGAAAAGCUGUUUGAAAAGUUUUUUUUAGAGGGGGGAAAGGGUGGUGUACGCUGUGGCACAGCUUCCUCUCCUUCUUUGUUUGUUUGUUUGUCCUAAGUAGGACCAACUUGUGGACUGUAUUCUAUGACUGCAAAGAUGGAACCUACAUUCUACGAUGAUGCCAUCAAUACGACGUUCGUGCAGCCAGAGAGUGGUACUUACGGAUAUAAUAACCCCAAGGUGCUGAAGCAGAACAUGACUCUCAACCUGGCUGACCCUUCCAGUAACCUGAAGCCCCACCUGAGGAACAAGAAUGCUGAUAUCCUGACUUCCCCAGAUGUGGGCCUUCUCAAGCUGGCCUCUCCUGAACUGGAAAGGCUGAUCAUCCAGUCUGGCAAUGGGCUGAUCACCACCACGCCAACCCCAACCCAGUUCCUCUGCCCCAAAAAUGUCACUGACGAGCAGGAAGGGUUUGCCGAAGGGUUUGUCAGGGCGCUGGCAGAGCUGCACAACCAGAACACCAUGCCCCCCAGCGUCACCUCCGCUGCCCAGCCUUCAAACACCGGCAUGACCCCCGUCUCUUCCAUGGCUGGAAACAACAGCUUCAGUGCCAACUUGCACAGUGAGCCUCCGGUCUACGCCAACCUCAGCAACUUCAACCCCAACGCACUCAACACGGCGCCGAGCUACAAUGCCAGCAGCUUGAGCUACCCUCCGCAACAUCACCUGAACCCCCAGAUGCCUGUGCAGCAUCCUCGGCUUCAGGCUCUGAAAGAAGAGCCUCAGACUGUCCCAGAAAUGCCUGGGGAGACUCCUCCCCUGUCGCCCAUCGACAUGGAAUCCCAGGAGAGGAUCAAGGCUGAGAGGAAGCGCAUGAGAAACCGAAUUGCGGCCUCCAAGUGCCGGAAAAGGAAGUUGGAGCGCAUUGCCAGGUUGGAGGAAAAAGUCAAAACUUUGAAAGCCCAGAACUCAGAGCUGGCAUCCACUGCCAAUAUGCUGCGAGAGCAGGUUGCACAGCUGAAGCAGAAGGUCAUGAAUCACGUCAACAGUGGGUGCCAGCUAAUGCUCACACAGCAGUUGCAGACUUUUUGAAGAGACUGGAAAGUAACUUGUGUGAUGGGGCAAAACUAAGCAAAAAAAAGAAGGAAGUUGGGAGGUGGAAAGCUUCACUUGGGGGGCGGGCGGGAAGAAAAGUCUGAAAGGCAUUGAUUCCGGAGAGUGCCCCCCUCUUCCCCCAAAGCAUGCGUGGAGAGAGACUGGUGUGCCUUUUGGUUUGAGGUGGUGGCAAACCAGUUGACAGUCCAGCUCCGCAAGAGGGCUGUUCUAUUCAGAGGAGGCAUGAAGAAGCCUUGUGUUACCGUUUUCUUUUAACAUUGACCAAGACCUGCAUGGACCUAACAUUCAACGAUCAUUCAGUAUUAAAGGUUAAACUGCAGUAGACACUGUAGAUUUGCUUUCUCUAGUACUCCUUAAAAAUAAAUAAAUGGGGAGGGAGUUUGUGGGAGGCUAACAGAAGCUGAACUAUACUGCCUGCCUUCAAGUCGAGUUGUGUAUGUACAUAUAUAUUUUUUAUUUUAUGACAGCUGAUUAAUGUCAAUAAAACUACUUCAUGACUUUGUAAGUUAUUUUUAUGUUCAUUUGGGUUCUGCCCAGUAUUGUUUGUAAAUAAGAGAUUUUUUUUAGCAAUCUUCUGAGUUUUUUCCAUUUGUAAUAAAGUAUAUAAUUUUUUAAAUGUUUUUUUUUUUUGUUCUGAACAAGAAAUGCAUAAAGGGUUGGUAUGUUUUCUUUUAAAAAAAAAUAAUAAGUCACCCACUUUCUUUGAUUGGUACCAUUAAGACAGGCAUAUACAGAAUGAACUUGUGGUUAGAUGUUAAACUCGUUAACUAGUGCUGUAAAGGGGGGAGGGGGAAGCCCAACACUUCUGUAACAGUGCAAACCUGUCCAUGCCUACUCAGAAGUAAGUCCCAUUGAGUCCAGUGGGACUUGUUCUCAGAGCUAGAUCCAUAAGAGGAUUGCAGCUUUAGCAAGAACAAAAAAUGUCUUUUGGCAUUCCUGAUUUUAAGGUGCCAUAAGACUGUUUCUUCUAUCCUCUAUUAACUGGAGGGCACAUAAAUGACCCCCUGUGUUGGAAAGAAACAUAGAUCCUGCCUGUUUGAUCAAUUGAACUUGCAGUCUGUAUGGUCUACAAGGAACUAGUGACAUAGUUUUAAAAACUAACUGAAGUAAAAUAGGAUGGGCAAGAGUAGAGUUCUGUUGCAUCCACUGCUCUGCACCAUGAGUUAUCAAAUGUAACUGGUCAUUCCCAAUUUAUGUGUCCAAGUUAAGCAAAUAUUCUUUGCCUGAAGACAAGGAAAAGUUUUCAAAAAGGGAACCUUCAUCUGGCAAUUUGUCACCUUCAUGUUUUUGUUAUCUAAACGAGUCUCUGUUCAUGAGUAUUUAUUGCUAUGCCUGUUGUCCAAUAAAGUCAUUCUAUUACUCUUUCA